GUCACUGUGGGGUGCAUUCUUCCACCCGAGGAAGGAAGAAGUCUGAAGCAAGUCAAUGAACAGCUCCUCACAGCUUUAUCUUUCAAUAAGGGAAAACACAUCCUGACUGUGACUGUGAAAAUGUUCAUCUGGGCAUUAAUCUUCCUCCUCAUCAUAUGCUCCCUGGUGUGGAGUUACAAAGGACGUCUAAAGGUUGAAGGUGUCACCGAUAAAUACAUUUUCAUCACUGGGUGUGACACGGGAUUUGGAAAUCUGGCAGCUAAAACAUUUGAUAAAAAAGGAUUUCGUGUUCUUGCUGCUUGCCUGACUGAAACAGGAUCCGCAGUGCUAAAAGAAGAAGCAUCAGAGAGGCUUCAGACAGUACUCCUGGAUGUCACAGACUCGGACAGUGUCAAGAAGACAGCCCAGUGGGUUAGAGCAGAAGUUGGGGAGAAAGGUCUGUGGGGUCUGAUCAACAAUGCUGGCAUUCUCGGAGUCCUUGCCCCAACCGACUGGCUGACACUGGAACACUUCAGAGAACCAGUCGAAGUGAACCUCUUCGGCCUCAUCGACGUGACUUUGAACAUGCUUCCCUUGGUCAAGAAGGCCAGAGGGAGGGUCAUCAAUGUCUCCAGUGUUGGGGGCCGGCUAGCUUUCGCUGGAGGAGGCUAUGCCCCUUCCAAGUAUGCGGUGGAAGGAUUCACUGAUAGUCUAAGGCGGGACAUGAAAGCAUUUGGUGUGAAAGUUUCAUGCAUUGAACCUGGAUUGUUCAAAACAGGACUGACUGAUCCAGUCAAGGCCACAGAAAAAAAACUGGCCAUUUGGAAUCAACUGCCCCCAGAUAUCAAGCAGCAGUACGGAGAAGGAUACAUCGAAAAAUCCCUGGCCAAAAGGGGACCCAAUAAGCCUUUUCAGAACGUGGACCUCUCCUUGGUUGUGCAGUGCAUGGAACAUGCCCUGACGAGCCUCUUUCCUCAGUCCCGCUACAGCGCGGGCAUCGACGCCAAGACCUUUUGGAUCCCUCUGUCUCACAUGCCAACGGUUUUGCAAGACUUUUUGCUGCAGAAAGAGAAAGUGGAGCUCGCUGAUCCGACAGCUGUCUGACUCAGGUGUCCACGUGGACCAGGGCUUCUAUUUAACAAGGCCUGAGGCUGGGAAGUUUGUUGAUCAAAAACAUUUGUGAAUUUCAGCCUCACGUGUCUGCUCCAAACCAAUCUGGACCUACUUUAGAAGCUGCAUUUCAUAGGUGAGGCAUGCCCCCUCCAGCCCUAGCUCACUGGAGAUUUCCCAGAGGCCUCUCUGCUCUGCCCUAGUUGCUUAUCCAGAGAGAGUGUCAUAUAGAGGACAGUUAACUGGUGAUGGGAGAAUCCCAGAGCCUGACCAGAGAAGCAUUAGAGAAAGGGGAGCUACGAUUCUGCUGAGGACCACCUCCCAGCCUGGUACUAACAGGAUGGCCACUGGUGGGUCCGGCAAAUACUAGGCAAGGACAAGGACUGACCUCAAAUGUGCUCAGCCAGGCAUACAGCAUAUGCUGUGUUUUGUGGAAGUGUGAAUGCUCCAGUUCUUGAACCUCGUCAUCCCCCCUGCUCCCAGAUCCCUCUGAUAAUGCUUUAAGCAGAAGAAUGUGCUGGCAGGAGCCAAGACAAAGGGAGAUGAGGAGGUGUUCUCCCUCCUACUUACACUACGAUCCCCAAGGGGGUCAAGGACUGGGUUCAAUCUGGUUACCUUGUACCUAAUCCAGCAUUUAGAACAGUUGCUUGGCACAGGGCAAGUGCUUAAUACCACAAUAAUUAUUAUUAAAAUAUCAAAGGUUUCUGGGCAAUAUCUGGGAAACGGAUGCGUUGAAAUAAUAAUAAUAAUAAUAAUAACGUUGGUAUUUGUUAAGAGCCUACUAUGUGCAAAGCACUGUUCUAAGCACUAGGGGGAUACAAGGUGACCAGGUUGUCCCUCAUGGGGCUCACAGUAUUCAUCCCAUUUUACCGAUGGGGUAACUGAGGCCCAGAGAAGCUAAGUGACUUGCCCAAAGUCACACAGCUGACAAGUGUCGGAGCCGGGAUUAGAACCCUUGCCCUCUGACUCCCAAGCCUGUGCUCUUUCCACUGAGCCACGCUGCUUCUUGAAAGCCGGUGAGCAACUGGCAACCCUAGAAAGUAAAGGGUUUGGUUAGGAAGGGCUUAGCAGUGUACUUCCUUCUAACCCCUCCCAUGAGAUACACAAUUUUCUUCUGAAAAUAUUCUUCAGCACAGCUCCAGGCCGUCCACUUCCCCCUGAGGCUAGACCAGCCCUGAUACUGGUGGCCACUUCACUUUUUCAGGUCAAGUUAGGGGUAGGGGACCUUAAUCCAUCCUGAAAGUACCCCUAGAGGUGGGUCCAGACUGGAGAGCCUCCAGUGAGCCUCCAGGAGAUAUCACACCUGGGCCUUUCCCAAGCACUUCAGUCAGCUGGGAGACGGACUCCCAGAUCACAUUGGGCCCCUUUUGCCUCCCUUUUCUUCCAGCAGGCCAUCAUUCUUGAAAGAGCCAGUUGGGUCUUAGCCCACGCUGGGUGCAGAUGGCCCAAACAGAUCAACUGGCCUGAAUGGGUUCAGAUACACUUUCCUAAGGCAGUGAGACUGACUCUCCAUCUAGGUGCCUGUCUAGGCCUGGGUCUGGGCACCGAGGCAGCACACAGACUGGACCCUGUGGUGACUCAGUGAGCUGAGCAUUCAGCAGCAAAAGCCUAGAGGUGCAGGGGCAGGCACUGGAAUAUUAGAGCCGAGCAGGAGGAACCCUUAAUGUCUGUUUUAAGAGUUCACGUUUCUCUGGUCCCCAUCUCAAUAAAAAUGAUCUCCUGACUGGUCAUGAGGCUCCACGACAAAUCAUCAAAAUCAAGCAAUUAAAAUGAAGUCAUUUGAAAAA